GGGAAGCCAAAAUAGAACGUUCGUGAACUAAUCUAAAUAUAGACCAUGACUAGUUGGAAAAUAUUGCGGAUUUUCUGUAAAACCACAGCAUACAAAAUGGGAAAUCUAUCGUAUUUUCUGUAAAUCAUACAAUACCAACAGAAAGUUAUCUCUCAUUGUGACGAACAUUUUGCGACUAAUUUUGCUUCGUUCAAGUUGAAAUGGACAUCUACAGUAUAAAUGAUGAGAGGACACUAAAUGUGUUCAUCGACAACACCGUGAAACCGGACAGGGAGACUUUACAGAGAAAUAAUGCGAUGGUUGAUCGGUUGAUUCAUUUUCUCCAGAACAACAUUCCAGGAAGGCUUCGACCGAGACGUGUUAUAAAAUCGGGGUCAUUCGGCAAAGGUACAGCGGUCCGCGGAAAAUCCGAUAUCGACUUGAUCCUUAUGCUGGCCGAGUACAACAGCGUGGGCAAAUACACACAGGAUUCAAGGGACUUGCUGCAGGAGUUGAAAACAUACCUGACGAAAUACGGAGAGGCUCAGCUAGAGAAGGUCACAAAGUACUCCGUACAGGUCAAGCUGACAAAUGGCAACUUCUCGCAGUCAGUUGACGUCCUUCUCGGAAUUGACUUGCUCGAUAGAGGCAUGGUCCCGGACCACGUUUUCGACCAGAUGCAAGGGCCAGAUGUAGACACGCACUUAUACUCGGUUACAUUGGGACCUCUGCAGGUGGAGGUCAUGCAGGCACUGCCCACGCAGGUCAAGGACUUGAUAAGAAUCGUCAAAUACUGGGAAGAUGUGAAAAUGAAGGCGGUGAGAAACUGUAAGUGGCCGAGCUCGUUCGCCAUGGAGCUGGUAGUGAUGCAUGCAUGGAACAAUGCCGGAAGUCCCAGCACAAGCUUCAGUAUGGUACGCGCGCUACACGCCGUGCUGACGUCACUAGUAAACCAUCGCCAGUUCAUGGCAACAUUUCCAAGGCAGAUGAAAUACUCCUCAGUCAAGCUAGAAACAUGUUUACAACGAAGGAGGCCUCCGUAUAUCAUGGACCCUACCAAUCCUUUCAACGACAUGUAUCACGGUCUCUUCGACACGGCCUGGGACUGGAACGACGUUGCCACGGAGGCGAGCACGUGGCUGCGACAUCCGCUGUUCCGCGGCGUCACUGGCACAAACUCGCGGUGGUAAUAGGGACCUCUCGCCCAUCAAGAAGAGAUUUGACUGGUUCCUAGGAUAACUCGUAUCAACUCCCCUCAUCCAUUAUAAAAACCUCGUGAUGAGGGUCGAUUCAAUUUAUUUAUAUGAUUUUUACAAUCAUUUUUUUGUGCGUAGACAUUUUUUUUACAGUCGCCCUUAUUAAAAAACUAUUUAUUUUUUACAGAACUGUGCACUGAUUUUCAAUACGUCAGAAACAGUUGCAAACGUUUUGGACGCACAAAGGGCAAUAACUUAAGUGUACGUGCAAUCCCCACACAGAGUUGUCGUUCGAUGCUCUCGCAUACACUCGUGCAAGAGAUUGGUGCACAUGAUCAAAUAUGUCAUAUUAUACAUACCAUUGAACUGUUUAUGAUGAUACACCAUAUAUACAAGUUUGGUGUACCAUCCUACCAAAUCCACGCAUCUAAGUGUUGCCACUUUGCAAAUAGAUUGGUGUGGUACCCUUCUUGAAAGUUAUGCAACCGCAAAAAUAAUUAACACAAAUUGCGCAAGUUUAUUGAUAUAUCUUCGAUUGAGAACGAACGUUGAUAUAUAGUUCAUACCAGACCCGAAAAAACUAUUGUAUCGCUUUCACACCAAAACGAUUAAUCUUUGCACCCAUAUGAACUAUUCGAGUAUUUCUUAUUCUGUCUUGUCACGUUUUCGACGUGGCGAUAACGGCCACCAUAGCUGACACCACAUGUAGAUACACCAUUAGGUAAUAGUAAACAUGUUAUAAAUGAUAUAGAAUCUAAGUUAUUAGAGAAGGAAACUGUUGAAUGGAAAAAUUUAAUUAAUAGAGAAUCUGGACAAAGGGGCAUAGGAAGAAAUAAAUUAAGAACUAAUAAACUAUUUAAAGUAGAUUUUGGUACUGAAACAUAUAUUAGCGGUAAAAAACCAUUCAAUUAUAGAAGUGCUUUAACUAAGUUUAGGUGUGGUGUAGCGCCGCUUAGGUUAGAGACUGGCCGGUUUGAAAAUAUUGAGCUAUGUAAUAGAACUUGUUUCCAUUGUACAGAUAAGAUCGAUGAUGAAAUACAUGUACUCUUUCACUGUCCGUUGUAUGUUGAUGCAAGGAAAAUGCUAAUGGAUAAUUUAAUUGUAAAUCCUGAUAGUCAUGCCAUGUCAGAUUGUGAAAAAUUGAAAUACAUAAUCACUACAGAGAAUGUUAUGUACUUAUCAGCCAAAACCUGCUAUUCUAUUCUUCAUGAAAGGAAAAAAUACAUCUACUUAAAAUAGGUUUAAAACUCACUGUAAUAAGACCUAUUUUGGAGUACAAGUAUUUUAUCCUUUUCAUUGUUAUAUCCACAACUGCAACAUGCUAGGUAGUGCAAAAUAACCUCCUUAAAUCAGUGCCCCAGAUAAGCUGCGUAUCUGCGUCUUUCACCCUUUUAAAAUGUUUAAAAAUGCAAAUAAAUACAAUAUCAUGCGUAUUGAAAACGCAACCAAUUUGACUUUUACGCAAAUUCGUCAAAUUUGAUGCGUACGAUACAAUCGUAAAUGCUUUGCUAAUUUUUUGUAUUUUCUCUUUAGAAUUAUUAUCGCAACAUUCAACAAGCGCCUGGAUGACGGAGCAGGACAACAGUCAAAAUUAUUCAAACGCUCAAUGGACUCGAUUUCAUGCUUAAAUAAAGCCUCUGACCAAAUUAUUUACGACGACAUACAUGCGUUUUCAAUCUGACUUAAUCCGUCGCUCAUUGUGCAUGUAGUUGCAAAGCAUCUGUACUUUCAGUUUCUAGUACGAUGUUCUGCCUAAGGGUGCCUUGAUUGAGUAAACAAUUUCUAGAACAAGUUUAUAUGUUUGACAGUAACAAAGAUCUCAGUUAACAUCAGAGUUUUUUAAAGUUUAAAGUUUAUUUUAUGGACAGUUUCAAGGAUUAAAGAUGUAAGUUAUGAAACAUCAGUGUAUUAAAGUUAACAGUUUUAUUGAAUCAAUACAAGUAUGACAGGUGUGCAGCUUCAACAGAAGUUAAGCAACAAUGAGUUUAAGGUUUGCAUUUUUAUAACUCAUUUCACCCUAUUUCAAGAAUGAAAUCACCCUAUUUUUCAAAAUCAAUGGGUGAAAACCCUAUUUCCCAAAUAAUUAUCUGGGGCACUGUUAAAUGGUGUGCACCCAGAAUGAGGAGACCCAAUCCUGUAUUAAGUCACACAGAUUAUUAUGGGAAACUGGGUAGGGUUACUGAUUCCUGGGGAAGAAGUAUGAACUGGAUUUCUGUUCUGCUAAGUAUGUCUCUAUCAUUCUGGAGUCACUGUUCAGUGUGGUUGACAUAGUUAUAAUUUUUAACUGAUAUGGUUUUAAAUUGUAAGCUAUGUAAAUAUGGUCUUUGUUAAUAGUGUCUGUUAGUUUUAAUCUAAGCGUUGGUAACCAUUGCUAAUGAGUUAAUGUCCGACCUGGUCAGAGGUGAUAAUUGCUAUCUUAAACAGUUUUAUAUAAAACGUGUAGUGCCUCUUUUCGCAGUGUCAGUAUUUUACGUCAAUUUAUCUUAUGUCAGUUUUUAAUUAUGGAUUAGCAAUGGCAACCUAACUUUUAAUCUAACUUUUUAACGUAAAUAUGUAUAUAGAGAACAAGUAUGUGGAAAAUACGCAAUAUUUAACUCUUCAUAGCCUCUUAUAAAUCUUAUAUAGAAUG